AUGGCCGUGGAUAGUCAAUCGUUUGCCAAUGGUACAGACAAUGACACCCACAUAACGGAUAGUGCAAUUGUGGGAAUCAUUGGGAUGGGUGACAUGGGUAAGAUGUACGCAAGAAGGAUCGGCGCCGCCGGUUGGAGAGUAAAAGCUUGCGAUCAGCCCGAGAAGUACGAUGCAUUGCGCGCUGAGUUCUCGGAGAAUAAUGUCUGCCUCUCCGCCGCAGAACACGAUCGCAUUACUGCUGAUACCCAAGCCGUGACUCACGCUGCGUUUCUAAGUAUGGGUACUGCAUGGCAAGCCAACAAUCAAUUUCCCUGGGAGAUCGGCCGCUAUAUCGGUGGCAUUGAGAACGUCAAGUGCAACAUUAUGCUGCGAAUAUAUUCCAACCGAUGGCACGUCUAUGCUGGAUUGGCCAUAUUGAAUCCGCAGGCCAAAGAGCAAAUACGUCAGUAUGCACAGUCCUCAACGGAGUUGUUCAAGCUUAUGCUCAGUGGAAAUCGCAAAGAAUUCGAAGUACGCAUAAGGUCUGCAGGCGAAGCUGUAUUUGGGUCUGCGAGAGACUCUAAAGAAUUGCUUUUACGGGACGACCUACUUGAUCGCUUCUCAUUGAGCAAUGUUUCCCAAGAGCGAACGCCAAAUAACCAUCUCAGUCUUUUGGCCAUGGUCGAUUGCUGGUCUAAGUUAGGCAUCGUACCUUAUGAACAUAUGAUAUGUUCGACACCUCCAUUCCGUCUUUGGCUUGGGGUGACCGAGUACCUGUUCAAAUCGUCGCUUUUAGACGAAGCUAUAGAGACCGCCUUCAAUGAUCUGUCAUUUCGUGCAGAUGAUCUAGAAUUCACCGUUGCCGCUAGGGGCAUGUCUCUCAUACUAAUCUUGCAGAUUCUUAUUCGCGGCGAAAAUACCCAUGUCUCGUCCAACGCUCCAAUGGAAAGUUUGGAAGGGGAUGAUGGGAAGGCAAGCCUCUUCGUACGGCCAACAAAGACGCAUAUAACGAUUUCCCGAGACCUCAACCCUACCGCCGACUCUGCACAUUUUCAUUCAGGUGCACCCAGGUCUUGGGCAGAUGAACAAGCUUACACCAAGCCAAAGGCCAGUUUUUUACGCCAGAAUAGUUCUCAACAAGACGAUGUCUCAUUCACGCCUGAAUAUGAGAAAGAAGAUGGCUUCUCUGCGCCUGCGAGAAGCGAUCGACCCUUCUACGCAAGAGCAGAGCAACGAUCAAUUGUCAUGAAAGGCCUUCCUGAAAAAGCGACCCAUAAGGACAUUGUGAACUUUGUCCGUGGCGGUGCAGUUCUGGAUAUCUACCUGCGUACCAACGACCGAAGUGCUAGCAUAUCAUUCGUUGAAGGUGCCGCCGCUCAUCAAUUCAUGGCCUAUGCGAAGAGGAAUGAUAUUUAUCUUCAGGGAAAGAGGCUUGAAUUUUCAUGGAACGAGCGACAGUUUAUUCUCCCGGGCCAUGUUGCUAACAAGAUAGGGAUCGGCGCUACUCGCAAUCUUGUCAUUCGAGGCGUACACAACAACAUCACGGAGGAACGUCUUCGCGAUGAUCUAGACCACAUACACAAUUUGGUCGUAAUAGAGGUGACUUUCGAGCGCGGAGAUGCCUUCAUUGAGCUGAAUUCUAUUCACAAUUCACUCUUCGCAAGGACGUGCAUGAUGUCUCGUACAGGCUAUAGGGGCAUGAAGAUUGAAUGGUAUCCAGACGAAUGCAGUCAGCCAUUGCCUAAGAAGCAAUCAAAUUUCAGAAAAGAGAACAGGGUGCCAUCGCCUUCAAAGAGGCUCAACACAGCUGUCAAUCGCUUCCAGAUGCUCGGCAUCGAUGGUACCGAGGACGGUUCUUCAACAGACGAAGAGCCAGGUACCCUAUCGAACUUUUCAUCUCUCAACGUAAACUCAAGGUCCCCUUGGAAUGUUCGACCCAUUGCCGCCUGA